AUGGCUUGGAUUUACGUGGUAGUAGCCGCUCUGUUGUUUUUGGACGGAGGCCGAUCAGCCGAGGGACCAGGUAGACAAGAAUUAGUCGGCGAUUAUUCGACACGUUCAGGUGCUGACCUUUUAGAAAAUUCCUCGGCACAAAUAAAACAGCGACACCGGCGUCAAUAUGGCAUGUUUGGACCAUUCGGUUACGGAGGGCCGGGAAUGGGCAUAUCGCGCGAUUUAAUGGCCAUGGGAAUGGGCCUACAAGGCCUUGGUGAGCUUGGAUAUGCGGCCGAUAUGUUGUUUUGA